CGGCCUGCGGGGGGUUGGACCAGUCAGCGACUCAGCGACUCAGCGGCGGCGUCGACGGCCGCAGCUGUUUCGUCUUACAUAGAGUAGAUAGAGUACGGUAGAGUACGGUAGAGUAGAGUACGGUAGUAGUGGCAGUGGUCGGCCAGCUGGUGUUUUGUCUCGCUCGUGGGUGAGAGAGCGAGAGAGCGGCACUUGGCUUGUGGCAAAGAGGGAGGCGAACGAACCAGUCAGUCAGUGGAUUACGUUCCCAUUCUUGAUCGACCAGUUGUAUGUAGGCGGCCAGUAAGCGGCCGGGGAUAGAGUACGAGUACAUGGGGAGAUGUGAUAGUACGGUACUUGUCACUCAAGAUAAAGCGAGCCCUGAUCCGAGAUUCCGAGUCCAGCGACUCAGCGACUCAGCGAGCCCUUUGAUUUCUAAACAAAUAGGAAAUGUUUCCUUUGUUCCUGGGGGGUUUUCUUUAUUUCUUCGGGGGUUUUUUUUCUUUUUCCCCUUCUUCUUUUUCUUUCUUUUUGUUCUUUUUCCUCCUUUAUUUGCUUCUUUUUUUCCUUCUUUUUUCUUUCUUCCUCCCCUUCGGUAAAAUCGGAAUCGACAUUUUGCACUCUAAUGAGCCACAUGUCAACGGCCACCGGCCACUCCGCACCACUCCGCACCACUCCCUCCACUCCCCCAGUGUCGUAGAUUGGCCGUGGUUGGUGGUCGACCAUAGUGGCAGACCGCAGUGGUGGUGGUGAGGGGCGGCCGGCGGGGUCGAGGGGUCGAGGGGCAGGGUUGUGUG